CUCAAGCGUAUACCUUAUCAGUCUUAGGUUCGAAGGACAAGCCUUACCUCGAUUUUGUUUUAUCUCCUUCUAUCCAUCACCCUAUUUAUUGGCAUAAGCCAUUUCGCUGUGCAAUUUCUAGCGAUAAAAAGAAAUUUUUUGCCGUUUGACUACCGUUGCCUAUCAAACGAAACUUACGUGCCAUGGACAGGAAUGGAGACAUAGCAAUAUGCCCUUUUUGCCCUUUUUCUGAUCCUGAAACCAAUUUUGUUGAGGAGCAUAUCGAAUACUGUCACCCUGAAAAUAGUACACAGUCCAAGGCUGGCCAUAGUGUGUCUCCUGAGAAUCUGCAUGGAGCAAACUAUGAGCACCAGCAAUUACAGCCAUCAAUUGAAGAAGACCACAUGGGCAAAUAUGUCGAUUGCCCCCAUGGUUGUGGGGAAGUAGUGGUAAAUGUCGAACUUUCAACUCAUCUUGACUUGCAUUUUGCAGAGGGAAUUGCGCUUGACAAUGCAGAUAUCACCCAGACAGAACCGAGCGGCUCGGGAACGGUCGCGCCCGAUUCUGAUGAAUCUCCUGAUGAUGAAACUAUACUAUCAUCGUAUAAAUCUUCAGCUAAGGGGCAUCAAAAAAAGGGCGAAUCCCCGCAGUACGAAUUGAGAAAGGGCAACGGAGCUCGUCUCCCCAAUAGCACACCAGCUGGCGACAUCAAGAGGCUUGGGGUAUUGUUUUCGAACGUGCGGAGCUGGGGCCUCAUGCCCACGAGAAGCGAAUGCCAUCAUGGCUGAGGCGAAUGCUAGAAAAGGGUGCCAAAACCACACAGUCCAAUCGAAUUACUUCGGACGGUAUGCUUUCGAGACAUGAAACGGUUGAGAAUGAGACUACUGGAAUUAUCCCAGUACUUGCCCAGCUCUGUGAGCAGGAUAAGUCUAUCCAACGUGCUUUCUUCUGUAGCCCCAAAGUCAGUCAUAUUUUCAAAAUGCCCAGAGAGGGCGGGUUUUGUGGCUAUAGGAACAUCCAAAUGCUUGUCUCCUACAUCCAAGGAUCCCAGUCCACGGGGCAUGAGCAGUUUUCUGGAAAGUUACCAACAAUUUUGGAAUUGCAAGAUAUGAUAGAAAAG